GAACCGCUUCAAGCCGUUAGAUAUCUUCCUCUGGAAAAUUCUUUGUUAUAAGAAGUGGGUUUCUUUAUUUCACUUUCACUUUCAGUUUCAAAACCUCGUAGGUUGCUCCUUUCCCUUCUUUUCCAACAGAAGAUGGGAUUCUGGACUUUGCUAGAAGGGUUACUUCUCUUUGCAAAUGCAUUGGCGAUUUUGAACGAGGACCGAUUCCUUGCUCGACGAGGAUGGACACUAGCAGAAAUGACAGGACCUAGAAGGAAUUCUCUUAAAGGACAAGUGAUAGGACUCAUUUAUGCCUGUCAAUUCUUGAGACUUCCCCUUAUUCUCUUCAAUAUUAUCAUUAUCAUAGUGAAACUAUUUAGUGGUUAAUUUGAAGAGAGUUAUAUUCGAUCUCUGUCCUCUGUUGUGUGUUGUAAAUUUUAAGUUUUAUGCACCGGCUAAAGCUGACAAUCCUGUGAAAAUUCAACUGAGGUUUAAUUAUCAAAAUUUAUCAGUGUAUUGAAAUUAUCGUCCCUUUGAAUUCAACUGAUAUGAUUGCAUAGACAUAAAAAACCUUGGCACUGCAACUA